GUUAGGAAGAGGUGUUGGUUUGAUCUCCAUCUUCCCUUUUUGUUCACUGUAAAAGGCAAUCCCGGCAUAUCUCCUUUCUAUAUUAGAUCUAUAUUUUGUAAUCUUCUUCUUUUUAUCUAAAGGGGGUGUUUUUGUUCGUAUAUACAUCUAAUAUAUUUUCAUCAAACCUUCUAGAGGUACUAGAUUUCUUGCAGCAUUUCUCGAUAAUUUUCCGAUUUCUUGUAUAAUUCAAGAUUGAAGGAUCCCAUUUUUUUGGCAUCAUCUUUGUAUUUUUCUACCUUUGCAUGAUCAAUGUCAUUUCUUUGAUCAUUUUGCAUGUUACUAUACUCAAAAAAGCAUACACAUAAAUGUCCUUUUCUCUCCCUUUGUCAUAAGUUAUAGUCUGACUCUGAAAGAAAAAUUAAAAUGUUCAUGUGUUUAGAUCCUUAGUACUGAUCAUAUAUCCUUACUAUGCAAAGGUAAUUGAAUAGUUUUCCUAUAGUUCUUAAGUUGAAACUAGCUUACUGAACGAUUCCAUCUAUCACUUUCAUCAUUUUUCAAGGUCAGAAAUCUAAAAUCCAGAAUUUAAGCUUGGUCAUUGGUUGGACAUUAGUAAGGUCCGAUAUUCAUUCUUUGCUCAAAUAGGAAGGUGACAAUCUCGAUCUAGCGACCAUCUAUCACUUUUGUCAUUUCUCAAGGUCAGAAAUCUAAAAUUUAGAAUUUAAGCCUGGUCAUUAGUUAGACAUUAGUAAGGUCCGGUAUUCGUUCUUUGCUCAAAUUGGUGAGUCUCAAUCUAGUGACGUGAUUCGGUAUUAUUUUGCACAUUAAUGGAUAACGACAAGUCUUUUUCUUCUUCAUCAACAUAUCCAUAUAACACAGCUCCUCCACCACCUUCUACAAAUCAACAACCAUCAUAUAAUCCCUCUAACAAUAAUUCUAGUCCAUAUCCUCCUCCUGGUUCUGUUCCAUAUCCAUAUCCUCAAUACCUUCAUUAUCAUCCACCUCUUUACACUUCUCAACAUUCUGGUCACUUUAAUUACCAUCAUCCACCAGAAUUAGCUCCUAGACCACACCAGACCAAUACCCCUUUAGACUAUAGUAAUUAUCCUCCACCAUCACAUAUUGUCCAUGCUCCUUAUAUGUACCAUACAUAUCACCCUCCUCCUCCUCCUACAAUAUCGUCUUCUUCUAGACUUGUUCUUCAACAACAAGGGAGUUUUCAAUAUGGUAAUUCAUCUCAAGGUCCUCUAGAGAGGCAACCAUCGAAAGACCGUGCAUCUUCUCCUAGGCUCCAACACCAAAAUAGUUUGUCAUCGGUUAGUAGUUCCGGUGCAAGUAGUGUAUCGUCCGUAAAUAGUUCAUUGGCUAGCUCUGAUCAUGGUAAAAAUGAACCUCAUCCACCUAUAGAUGAUCACUUAGCAAAUAUGCAUUUGUAUGAAAAUCCUGCUCCUGCCUCCGCCCCUGCAUUAGCGACAUAUCACUUGGGACCAAGACCUAUAUAUGGACAUCCUAAUGCCUCAUUUUCAAGGGGUGAAACAUCUCCUAUGGUCCAAUCCGAGCCGUCUCAUAGACCAACUCAUUCAAGAACAAGUAGCGGUGAACUACAAAAUAAUUGGGGUAUGCAAGUUAUGCCAUUUAUGCCUUCUAAAAAUGUUUUGCUCUUACAUGGUAAUCUUGAUAUUUGGGUAUUUGAAGCAAGGAACCUCCCAAACUUGGACGUGUUCCACAAAACCAUAGGGGAUAUGUUUAACAAAAUGGGAAACAACGGGCAACUUGGUAACAUGACAAGCGAUCCAUAUGUCUCGAUUAUACUAGCAGGCGCGGUUAUUGGGCGUACUUAUGUCAUAAACAAUAACGAAAAUCCUGUGUGGAUGCAACAUUUUAAUGUACCUCUUGCACAUUAUGCUUCUGAAGUACAAUUUCUUGUCAAGGAUAAUGACAUGGUAGGUUCCCAGCUUAUAGGGACAGUAGCAGUCCCGGUAGAACAUAUACACGGAGGAGGAAAAGUCGAAGGGUUCUUUCCGAUAUUGAAUAAUGGAAAACCUUGCAAAGCUGGAGCUGUUUUAAGGAUAUCAGUUCAGUAUUACCCAAUGGAUCAAUUAAGCUUUUACCAUCAUGGAGUUGGAGCAGGUCCCGAGUAUUAUGGGGUUCCCGGGACUUAUUUUCCGCUGAGGAUGGGUGGAUCAGUUACACUUUAUCAAGAUGCUCAUGUGCCUGAUGGAUGUCUUCCAAAUUUAAAGCUUGAUUAUGGGAUGCAAUACGCGCAUGGAAAGUGCUGGCGCGAUAUAUUUGAUGCAAUAUGCCAAGCCCGACGGUUGAUAUACAUUACUGGAUGGUCAGUGUGGCAUAAAGUGAGACUGGUUAGAGAUGAUGCUUCUGUAGAAGCUAGCGAUCUCGGGGAACUUUUGAAGUCAAAAUCACAAGAAGGAGUGAGAGUUCUGCUUCUUGUGUGGGAUGAUCCCACUUCAAGAAGCAUCCUUGGCUAUAAAACGGACGGCCUCAUGGCAACCCACGAUGAAGAGACUCGUCGUUUUUUCAAGCAUUCUUCUGUGCAAGUGUUGCUUUGUCCUCGUGUGGCAGGAAAGCGUCACAGCUGGGCCAAGCAAAGGGAAGUUGGAGUAAUAUAUACGCAUCAUCAGAAAACCGUGAUAGUAGAUGCUGAUGCUGGAAACAAUCGAAGAAAGAUCAUAGCUUUUGUUGGAGGACUUGACUUGUGUGAUGGGCGAUAUGAUACUCCAGAACAUCCUAUAUUUAGAACACUGCAGACAGUGCACUCAGAUGACUAUCAUAAUCCCACUUAUGCAGGGAGUACUACUGGUUGUCCAAGAGAACCAUGGCAUGACUUGCACUGUAAAAUUGAUGGUCCAGCAGCAUACGAUGUUCUGAAAAACUUUGAGGAACGCUGGUUGAAGGCUUCAAAGCCCCAGGGCAUCAGAAAGUUGAAGAAGACGUAUGAUGAUUCCUUGCUCCGAAUAGAAAGAAUGCCUGAAAUUCUUAGUAUUUCUGAGACUUCAUCUACGAGCAGCAACGAUCCUGAUAAUUGGCAUGUACAGAUUUUCCGCUCUAUUGACUCAAAUUCAGUCAAAGGCUUUCCAAAAGAUCCCAAAGAAGCUACAAUGAAGAACCUGGUAUGCGGAAAAAAUGUACUUAUUGACAUGAGUAUUCACACAGCUUACGUGAAAGCCAUUCGUUCUGCGCAACAUUUCGUUUACAUUGAAAAUCAGUACUUCAUUGGUUCCUCAUACAAUUGGAGUCAAUAUAACGACGUGGGAGCCAAUAAUCUGAUUCCUAUGGAAAUUGCACUUAAAAUUUGCGAAAAGAUUAGAGCACAUCAAAGGUUUGCAGCAUAUAUUGUCAUCCCAAUGUGGCCAGAGGGUAAUCCAACUGGAGCUGCUACACAGAGAAUUCUUUUUUGGCAGCAUAAGACGAUACAAAUGAUGUACGAAACUAUUUACAAGACUUUAGUGGAGGUUGGCCUUGAGGAUGCUUUCUCUCCACAAGAUUAUUUGAACUUCUUCUGUCUUGGUAACCGUGAGGCUGAUGUAGGGGAAAAUGAGAAUUCGGGUGCUGCUAACACUCCUCAGGUACUUCCCUACGACCUCUCUUCUCCAACGAAAGAACCCAAAUUAUCACUAAUGACGUUGCAGGCACUGAGUCGAAAAUACAGAAGAUUUAUGAUUUAUGUUCAUUCUAAAGGAAUGAUUGUGGAUGAUGAGUAUGUCAUAGUGGGAUCUGCAAACAUCAAUCAACGCUCACUAGAGGGUACCAGAGACACGGAGAUAGCAAUGGGAGCAUAUCAACCGUAUCAUACAUGGGCAAGAAAUCAAUCGAAUCCCAGUGGACAGAUAUUUAGAUAUAGAAUGUCUCUGUGGGCUGAGCAUCUUGCAGUUGUCGAUGACUACUUCACCCGACCAGAGUCUCUAGAGUGCGUUAGGCGGGUUAGAUCGAUGGGUGAAGCAAACUUGAAACAAUUUUCAGCUGACGAAGUAACUGAAAUGAGAGGCCACCUCCUAAAGUACCCUGUUGAAGUUGAUAGAAGAGGCAAGGUGAAAAGUCUUCCUGGAUUUGAAGAAUUUCCAGAUGUUGGUGGUGACAUAAUUGGAUCGUUCCUCGCCAUUCAAGAAAAUCUUACCAUUUAAAUUUUGCCAUUUCUUUCCUAACAUGUACUUGGAGAUUACUAAUAAGACAAAUUGGUGGACUAAACUCCCACUAUGCACAGACUGCAGGGGUGAUGAGGUUAUAUAUACUGCUUGAACCCGUGACCUCCUAGUCACAUGACAACAACUCUUGUUGUUGCGUCAAUGCUCCCAUUUAUUUAGAGACAACUUCACUACAAGAAACUUGAAUUAGCUGUGAACUUCGUUGCUAAUGCGUCGCUAAAUAGGAUUAGCGAUAGAUUUUGUUGUUUAGCUUCGGAAUUUAUUCGCUGGUAAUUCCUGUUUUUUUAGUAGUGUUUGUACUAGAUUAUAUUAGGUCUCUCAAGAAUGGAGGUGUUCCAUUCAUUGUUAAAGAUUUAUAACAUAUAGAAAAGAGGGUGUCAAGAAUGGAGUUUUGUGUCCAUUGAUUCAUAGAAGUUAACAUACAGAAAAAGUUAGUGUGAUGAGUCUGAGUGUCUAGUAAAAAAAAAAUUAGUUUAGUUAUUUUUUUCCAAGGUUUUUCCAUCGAGUUAAUUAUGUGAGGUCUGCAAGCUCGCAAACAUUUGUGAAUUGGGCAACUUAUAAAAAAAACAUAGUUACUUUGUUUUGAUAGCUUCAAUGCUUCUACCUAUAUUUCACACAAAAGGCAAGGGUCAAGGUUCUAUGCCUUCUUGAAAAUUAAGGUAUAAACUAUUCAAAAAUAAAAUAAGGUGUAAAAAAAAAAAAAAAAAAACAAUUUGUGCAAAUGCCGUAGAUAACAACUGCCCACUCCCCAAACCAAUAGCUUAACAGAAGAACGUGGAGCAGCCCCACUUCCUACACAUACUAAUAAACCAACAAAUUGUUUGAACUUCCCUUCAAUCUCAUAUAUAUACAGCUAUUUACUUAAUUCUUUCCACUCCUCAUGGCUUCCUCAAGAAUGUCGUUCACAGCAAAUUUCAAUUCCUAUUCCUCUCUUUUUCUUCUGUUUUUGUUGCUUACAGUAUUGAUGAAGUAUUCUUUCUCGGAAGCUCGAAAUCUUGAAGAAGGUGAUCACCUAGGAAGCAUCAAAUUGUGUGAUGAAAUAUACGUAGUUGAAGAAGGAGAAACACUUCAAACAAUAUCGGACAAGUGUGACGACAUUUUUAUAUUGGAGGAGAAUACUCAGAUCAAUGAUGCCGAUGAUGUUUACCCUGGCCUUGUUCUCAAGAUUACAUCUAGGAAGCUAGGAGUAGUGUUUAAUUAGCACCCUUUUUCGUUUUAUUGUUAAUUUCUCCUUAGUUUCAAAUUUAGAUUAAUUAUGCAGUGUGUAAAAAGCAGAUAUUCUCAUAUGUAGUCAGUUUUCCCAGUUACUUUCACCUGAUGGUGUAUAAAAUUUGCCUAUAUUC